UAAAAAUAGAAAUAAAAUUAAAAAGUUUCCGAUAGGCUUGGUGCAAGCCGAAGCUGCGUCUCUAAACUGCGCUCUCAGAAAUGGCAACGAUCAACCACCUCUCUCCUCCGCCUUCACUUCGCUUAUUUUCCCCCCAAUCUUCCCAAAAUACCCCUACCCUUUCAUUCUAUUCCCACUCCAAACCAUCCCUCACUUGUCCCUCACUUUCUCUAACAAAGCCCUUCAUCGCGCCCAAACCUCGAGCUUCGGUCAUCGCUUCGGCUUUCAAAAGCCUCUCGGAGACGGAGCUAGUCACCGUGCCGGAGGCUCCCGAUCAGUUUGCCGGAAAAUUGCCUUUGGAUUCCGGCGUCUACGCCGUUUUCGAUAGUAGUGGCGACCUUCAAUUCAUCGGCCUAUCACGGAAUAUUGCGGCGAGUAUUCUCGCUCACCGGAAAUCGUUGCCGGAGCUCUGCUAUUCCGUUAAGGUUGGUGUAGUUAAUGAACCAGAUAGAACAGCUCUAACCCAAGCUUGGAAAUCAUGGAUGGAAGAACACAUAAAAGCCACUGGAAAGGUCCCUACAGGCAAUGAAAAAGGAAAUACAACUUGGGUACGACAGGCACCGAAGAAGAAGCCUGAUUUACGACUGACACCAGGCCGCCAUGUCCAACUGACUGUUCCAUUGGAGGAACUCAUCGACCGGUUGGUGAAGGAGAACAAAGUGGUGGCCUUCAUCAAGGGUUCAAGAAGUGCACCGCUCUGUGGAUUCUCACAGCGGGUGGUUGGCAUUCUUGAAAACGAAGGUGUAGAUUAUGAGAGUGUGGAUGUGCUGGAUGAGGAACAUAACAAUGGAUUGAGAGAAACACUGAAGAAGUAUAGCAACUGGCCUACAUUCCCUCAGAUCUUUGUAAAUGGAGAAUUAGUUGGAGGUUGUGAUAUUCUGACCUCCAUGUAUGAAAAGGGUGAAAUUGCCGGUUUAUUCAAAAAGUAGAUGCUUGAUAUAGUUUUGAAGCAAAUUAGUCUUUUUUGUCGGUGAGAUUGGUAAUGAAAGUGUGUGCUGGAUCGUAGGCUUGUAAUUUAAUUAGUGAAAAUUAUGUAUUUUCUCCCAUCCUUCUAAUCUGUUUUUUUCUAUUAAUAGACAUAAGUGGAAACCAAAAAUUAGUUCUC